GAGCCCAAUCCGCGCCUCCUCGCCUCCCUGCGCGCUCCCCGCUGCGUCCGGCGUCCCGCGCCUGCCUCCCCAGCCCGGCCCGGCCGGGCGCUGUCCACCCGAGGGAGCCCGCGCCCCGCGACCGCCCGACCCUCCACCCGCCCCACGAGCCGGGCACCUGUGCCAGCCCCAGAAGCCCUGCUGAAUCAACUGAGAAGAGACCUGCGGAGCAAUCACCAUGAGUAUCUCAGCUCUUGGAGGCAGCACCAAAGGGAAGCCUCUGCCACCAGGUGAGGAGGAGCGCAAUAACGUCCUCAAGCAGAUGAAAGUGCGAACCACGCUGAAGGGGGACAAGAGCUGGAUCACCAAGCAGGAUGAAUCGGAGGGUCGCACCAUAGAGCUGCCCUCAGGUCGGAGUCGUGCUACAUCCUUUUCAUCAGCUGGGGAGGUUCCGAAGCCCAGGCCUCCGAGCACAAGGGCUCCCACUGGCUACAUCAUCCGGGGAGUGUUCACCAAGCCCAUAGACAGCUCUUCCCAGCCCCAGCAGCAGUUCCCCAAGGCCAACGGGACUCCAAAAAGUGCUGCCAGUCUGGUGAGAACAGCUAACACUGGUCCUCCCCGCCCCUCCUCCUCUGGCUACAAGAUGACCACUGAGGAUUACAAGAAGCUGGCACCCUACAAUGUCAGGCGCAGCUCUACAUCAGGGGACACCGAGGAGGAGGAGGAGGUGCCUUUCUCCUCAGAUGAACAGAAGCGGAGAUCAGAGGCUGCAAGCAGUGUUCUGAGGAGAACAGCUCCCCGGGAGCACUCCUACGUCCUGUCGGCAGUCAAGAAGAGCACUGGCAGUCCUACCCAGGAGACACAGGCGCCGUUUAUUGCGAAGAGGGUGGAGGUGGUGGAAGAGGACGGGCCUUCUGAGAAGAGCCAGGACCCACCUGCUCUGGCAAGAUCCAUUCCUGGCCCAAACAGCUCAAGAGGUGAGGAAAUUGUCCGCCUGCAGAUCCUGACACCCAGGGCAGGACUCCGCCUGGUGGCCCCAGACUUGGAAGGCAUGAGGUCUUCCUCAGGCCACAAAGACAAGGAGGCCCCCUGCUCCAGAGAGCUCCAGAGGGACUUGGCUGGCGAGGAGGCUUUCAGGGGCCCCAACACAGAUGCUGCAAGGUCAAGCGAACAGUUGAGUGAUGGCAACGUGGGAUCUGGAGCCACGGGCUCCUGGCCUGAAGGCUUGGCUGCAGUAGACAUCGGCUCUGAGAGAGGAAGGCUGUGUGCAGCUGCUAGCUUUGCCUCUUUCCUGGAAGACCAGGAUGGGCACAGUGCCAACUCUCAGUCCUGCAAGCCUGGACCAGCAGCCAUCAGCUCCAGUGCCACUUCAGUCUCUGAUAUCCCUGCUGAUAGGAAGAGCGACAGCACAGCAGCCCAGGAGGAUGCAAAGGCAGACCCAAAGAGGGCCUUGGCGGAUUAUGAGGGGAAGAAUGUGGCCACCAAGGUCAGAGAGGCCUGGCAGGAGAGGCCUGGAGCCCCAGGAGGUGGCCAAGGAGACCCAGCUGUACCCACUCAGCAGCCUGCAGAUCCCAGCACCCCAGAGCGGCAGAACAGCCCCAGCGGCUCUGAGCAGCUUAUCAGACGAGAGAGCUGUGGCAGCAGCAUGUUGGCUGAUUUUGAGGGGAAGAAUGUGGCCACCAAUGUUGGAGAGGCCUGGCAGGACAGGCCUGGAGCCCCAAGAGGUGGCCAAGGAGACCCAGCGGUACCCACUCAGCAACCUGCAGAUCCCAGCACCCCAGAGCAGCAGAACAGCACCAGCGGAUCUGAGCAGUUUGUUGGACGAGAGAGCUGUGCCAGCAGGGUGAGGAGCCCCUCGAGCUGCAUGGUCACCGUUACUGUCACUGCCACUUCUGAGCAGCCUCACAUUUAUAUUCCAGCCCCGACAAGUGAAUUGGACUCCAGCUCUACCACCAAAGGGAUUCUCUUCGUGAAGGAGUACGUGAAUGCUAGUGAAGUGUCUUCUGGGAAGCCAGUAUCUGCACGCUAUAGCAGUGUCAGCAGCAUUGAGGACUCACUCGCCAUGGAGAAGACGCCUCCGUGCGGCAGCACUGCACACUCUGAGAGGACAACUGGAGGGAUCUGUACUUACUGCAACCGUGAGAUCCGAGACUGUCCAAAAAUUACCCUAGAACAUCUUGGCAUCUGCUGCCAUGAAUAUUGCUUUAAGUGUGGGAUUUGCAGUAAACCGAUGGGCGAUCUCCUGGAUCAGAUCUUCAUUCACCGUGACACCAUUCACUGUGGGAAAUGCUAUGAGAAGCUCUUCUAGCCCCCCGACCCCUAGGCUGAUCAGAAGCUGAUGACUCAUGGACAAGUUUGGCUGUCCCCAGUUUUGCCCCAAGUUGCUGUCUCCCCUUCCCUCACCUCCUCCCACCCUGUUUGAUUUCUUCAUGCUUUUGCCCUUCUUAAGUUGAAGUUGCAUACAUCCAAUAUCGUAUCUUAAUGAUGCUAUGGUAAUUGCUUGUGUGUAGAAAGCACUUUACAUCCAUGAUCUCAUUUCAGGCUCAACCGAACAGGGUCAAACCAGAAUUCCAUCUUGGCUUCCCUAAGACAGAUUGGCUUUCUAAUGAGUUUAGGUGGGCAGAAGUGUAGGGUUCAGUGUGUCCUGACUCCCUUGAGGCUUAUGAUGGGCCAAGUUGAAGACUGUUGAUGAUCCGUGGUGGGUAAAUUGCAGACAUUGAAUGCUAGGGAUUGGCAUAGGCUAGUGUUUAGCUUGUCUAUUUGCCAUAUCUAUUUUUUUUUUAAUUUCCAUACACUUGUAAAAGUAGUUAGUUGCUUUUGAUUGACUUAUACAGCAGUUUUUCAUUUUGUCUUCCACCUACCUUUCACUAUAUUUGAGUGUUCCCUUACAGGUAUGUUGGCAUGUGUUGGAAAAUUUACACAAUUAGGUUUAAAUUCAGUAGGAUAUGAUUUUAGGAUGCUAUUGAUCAAAGUGAUAUCUGUGUCUGUUGAAAUCUUGAUAGUUGAUUAAUUUGCCCUCAAUUCUGCUCCCUGAACUUUACACAUAAAUCUUCCCAAGUGGGUGUUAGGGUGUGCAGAUCCCAGCAGGAUUAAGGAGGGGGAAAAGCAGCUAACAUUUCUUGAGCCUGUACCACAUACCAGGCACUGUCAUAAAGUGAUGGCAUUAAUCCCCAUGAUAAUCCUGUGAAGGCAAUAUUCUCAUCCCAUCUUAGAGAUGAGGAUAUUGGAAUUCGGAGAGGUGGCCAUUGCAUUGUGCAGAACUCUACAGAGCCUGUGCUCUUCCCAGAGCAGCACCCACAAAAGCAAGCAUUGAUUUUGUGCUCAGUGUGUGCCAAGCACUGUGCAGAGGGUACAUAGUUCCUGCCAGGUUAACACCCUCCCUUCAGGCCUCCCCAAGGCAUAGGCUUGCAAAGAGCAGAAGGUGUGAAAUCAUACUCUUCCUCUGGGCAUCCUGGAUCCCUGAAUUAUCCCCACCUCUCAAGAAGUACUUCAAGGGCCAAGCUGCCCCUUUCCCUCCCCUCCACCCAUGAAAAUGCCUCCAAACUGAGAUGCUUUCAGCUGAGAACAGAUUUGACUCAUAGACAUUACCAAAGAGGAGCUUGUGAAUCCAGGAAAAGCUCCAGGGGGCUAGCUUAUCUGAGCAGAGAGCUUUCAGUGACCCAUUUUCCUGUCUAGACUCUGCCUCAAGCUAGUGGCAACUGCUGGGGCCCCAGGUACUUGGGACAUGGGAAUUCGUUGGAUGGCUGGGCAGGUGCAAGCCUAUUCAUGCAGUCAGCCGACCCUCUGCUCAGGUUCAGCUGGACUCUGCCAUCUGUGGGCCCAGCAUCACUCUGUAAGUUCCUUGAAAGGAAGAACAACCUUAGAGUAUUUCUGAUACAAAAUGAGGGCCUGUUCUCUUGAUUUAAUUAUAAAAUGUCUACAUCUUUCUCCAGUUUCUGAGCCUUAUGCAUAUUGGCUUGUGGACUUCUUCUUCCUGCCAAAUGAUCAGAGAGGAACAUUCCAUUUAUUUGUAUCAGAUUUCCUCUGGAGGGCAUGUACCCACACUAAAUAGCAACUGCUCUUCCUCAGCUGUAGUCCCCAACAUCAGACUCGGCACGUGGUGGACACUAACACACAAGUACUAAAUGAAUGAGUGAGGGAAAGAAAAGUCACCCCGUUGGUGUGAGGUGCUAUCCCUGAGUCUCAGUGCAGGCCCAGUGGAUGAAAGGCAAGGUAAAGAGGCCCAAGAUAGGCUAGCUUCCCCCAUUCAAGGUAUAGUCUGCCUUUAAGGGAGUUUUAGAACCAACAUGCAAGAUAUGCAAAGAAAUCUUGCAAGAGCAUUAUUGACUUAGAUCCGAAACAGCCUCUCUCAUGUCUAAAAAGGCACAGCAUUUUGCAAAUCUGAGGAAGAGGGAUGGUUGCAUUACAUUUUUGCUUCUUUUUAAUUGCUUAGUGUUUCUAAUCAUACUUAAUCCAUAUUAAUGUGCACAAUUAUAAUAAAUGGUAAGAUAUUACAUG